AUGAACGCUAGCCAGGUUAAGAGAGCGACCCUUGGCCCUGUCAAAGCGCGCUGCAGCAUUCGUCGAGGCGGGCCUAACGUCAAUCUUCGCCUUGACGUACCCAUGGAUCCAUCGCCGCCGCCUUCUUCCAUCCAUCAUCUCUGCCUUGUCUCAGCGAAUCCUGCUGCACGGAUUCACCUCUUCCAUCACCUUUCUUCUCCUCCUCCUUGGCGUCACAAAAGCCUUGGCCAGCAACCUCCACGCCAGGCCGUCCGAUCUGCUCCAAUCCGAACCACGAGAUCCUGCGACAGCGUAUACCUCAAACAGACCGCAGCUCGAUCUCAGCAUCCUGUCCCACACUCGCUGCCAACCAUCUACGCUGCCACACCCUUCCGCGACCUCCUGUCCUACGAAACAUCCCAUUGUCCCUCCGUCCUGAUCUAG